AAAAAGCUCGGCUCUUUUGUCCCCAAAAAGAAAAAAGGAACUCUUUCCACAAAGUGUCUACGAUUGAACAAACAUGCAGAUCUUCGUGAAAACCCUAACUGGGAAGACAAUCACUCUUGAAGUCGAAUCAAGCGAUGCCAUCGACAAUGUUAAGGCCAAGAUUCAGGACAAGGAAGGCAUUCCAACUGAUCAACAGAGAUUGAUUUUCGCUGGUAAACAAUUGGAAGAUGGCCAAACUCUUGCGGACUACAACAUCCAGAAGGAGUCAACACUUCAUUUGGUUUUGAGGCUCAGGGGAGGAACCGUGAUUAAGGUGAAUACUCUUACUGGAAAAGAAAUCUUAAUUGAUAUUGAACCAACUGAUACCAUUGACCAAAUCAAGGAAAGGGUCGAGGAACAAGAAGGAAUUCCCCAGCAAAGGCUCAUUUAUGCUGGAAAACAGCUUGCAGAUGACAAAACAGCCAAAGAUUAUAACCUAGAGGGUGGCUCUGUAAUUCAUCUGGUGCUUGCGCUUAGGGGUGGUUGUCUCUAAAUAUUGUUUUUUUCAUGUUAGGAAAAUGAACUUGCUGAGCUUUGAUUCUAUACUGGUUUUGCGAUGAAUGAUUGAAAUUCAUGUCGGUCUCAAUAGACCAGAAAACUUUUGGUAUACCAAAUAUGAAUCAGUUGCUCUUCAUUAGCC